AUGGCCCCACCUUCCAGCCUCUCCAGCUCCCUCUGGUUGCCCUCCCAAGCUCUCCAGCAGGUGGACCAUUCCCAUGAGAGCAGAGGCCUGCAGCUGUUGACCAACUGGGCCACCUCCAAAUACCUCCCAGCACUCCAGCAUGGCUCUCACUGCGGGCGGUUUCACUUUCACCUGCACCAGCCCGGGGAAGAGCCCCUCACCCUCUCCGUGGACCCUGCAGGACAACGCAGCUUCCCGAAGGCCGUGGCACAGCAAACAAUGCUGAGGGCCUCCCUGGAGAGGGCUGGUCCCACCUACACCUACAAGGUGGUCCUGCUGGGUAGCACAUCUGUGGGGAAGUCGAGCCUGGCCUACAGAUACGUCAGAAAUGACUUCAAGGAGUCACUGCCAACUGUGGGAUGCUCCUUCUUCACCAAGAUCCUCAACCUGGACGUGGCCACCAUCAAGCUGGAGAUCUGGGACACUGCGGGCCAGGAGAAGUACCAGAGCGUUUGCCACCUCUACUUCCGCGGCGCCCACGCUGCUCUUCUCGUUUACGACAUCACUGAUGAGGGAACCCUCAGCAGAGCAAAGCUGUGGCUGAGGGACCUGGAGAAGGAGUUCCUGCCCGAGGAGAUAGUCAUGGCUUUGGUGGGCAACAAGACUGACCUGGAGGCUGAGAGAGAGGUCCCCACCGAGAAAGGGGAAGAGUUUGCAAGGACCAAAGGCCUCCUGUUCAUGGAGACAUCUGCCAAAUCCAACCACCAGGUGAAGGACAUCUUUAUGGCCAUGGCCCAGGAGCUCCUGAGGAGGGAGCAGGAGAAGACCCCAGCCCCCUCCCCACACAGGGGGCCAACGGUGGAGCUGGAGGACAGCAGGGGGAGGACAAAGUGCUGCCAGCUCUGA